GUUGGUUCAACAUGAAACUGAAAAGCCUUUAAGUAUCGUCAUGGAUCUUGGAAACAGUGCAGAGGACAGGGAAAGGGCAAUCCUUUCUUUUUACAAGAUGGCUCAUGUCAAUUGGACUUCUCCUUUGACAUGCACGCUUAAGGGAGAUCCUGCAAUUGGUGAUGGUGUGACUCGCCACUUCUUCUCAACGAUCAUGUCCAAACUGCAGUAUGGUUUUGAUAUUCAAUUUGCACCAGGGGGAACACUUCUAUUUGAGGGUGAAAAAGAUCAUUUGAUUCCCUCCACUUCCCAUUUUCUUCUGGAAAGCGACUUCUUUCUUGUUGCUGGCCGAAUGAUUGGUCACUCGUUCCUACACGGUGGGCCAUGCCUAGGCGGACUUAGCCCAGCAAUACUGCAUGUUCUCUUUGGUGGAUCCCCAGAAGAAGCCAUAAUUGAUCUGAAGGACUGUGCAGACCUUGAAAUCCGUGAGACAAUUAAGUUGCUGGAUGGUGAGGCAGAAUUAUCUUCUGAGGAAAAAGACACCAUCAAUGCGCUGGCGAUGUCCUGGGAUUUUCCUCGGGUCACCUCUGAGAACAGGAGAUGGCUGUUUGACAAACUGCUCUUCCAUGCUGUUCUUGGAAGAACCUGCAGACAAGUCCACCAGUUACGACGGGGUUUAAAGGACACACAGAUCUGGCCUUUUCUGAAAGAGAGAACAGACACAGUUCCUCUUCUAUUUCCAAGAAUAUCUGAUAUACAGUUCACAGCACAGAUAAUCUUGGACAAGAUCAACUGGCCCACACACGAUGAUGAGGAAGACAUGGAAGUCUCCUUGGAGGAUACUUGUAGGGUCUCCGGAUUUCUCAGAACAUUUAUUGAGAAUGCCUCUUCCAAGCUGCUGGAGAAACUUGUGCAGUUCUGGGUGGGCUGGAAUGUACUUCCCAGAUACUUCGAUGUUGAAGUGAUUGAGAGUAGCUACCCCAAGUCUUCCACCUGCUUCCACACGCUAAAACUACCAAGACAUUACACUGAAUACAGUAUCUUCAAAACAGAUAUCACUGCUGCCAUUUCAACUGUUGAUACUGGUUUUGGAAUGAUCUAAGCCUCAUUUAAAAGAAAACAAAUCACCACCUAGUAUUUUAAUUUGCCAACUUGGGAUGUGUUAAGGCUCACUUUCAAUUUAUGUGAAGCAUGUUUCUCUCUUAGGUUCAGUCCCACUGUUCAGUUGGUGUUUAUUUAGUGGAACAGUUUUAUCAGUCAAACAGUUUUGCUUUGACUGUGUGGUCAAAAUGUCUACCAUGACAAGAGUUUGAUGUUAAAAGGGAGACCAAUUAUGGUGUGUAAAGAAUUUUUAUUCUUUUGACUUACCAAGGGCACCAUAACAAAUUGUUUUAGGAUUCACAAAAUGUCUGCCUCUAUUAAUAUAAACAUAAUGUGUCAAAACAACU